AUGUGGGACUACGUUGAAGUGUGCUCGGACUUCAGGGUACUUGUCAUGAUCAUGCAGUACUCGGCUUGUUUCGGCACGGAGCUGGCGAUGAACACCCAGUUGGCCACGCACUUCAGGACCUACUUCCAGAUGGAUGCAGCAGAUGCCUCUGCCCUAGCAGGAGCAUUUGGCCUUAUGAAUCUCUUUGCCAGGUCCUUGGGUGGAAUCACAAGCGACAUCCUCUUCAAGUACAUGGGAUUCCGCGGCCGCAUCUGGGCGCAAUUCUUGUCCCUCUUCUUUGAGGCAAUCUUCCUCUUUUGCGUCGGCUUGGUGGAUGCUACGGCAUCGUGCCUUUCAUGCUUCUGCUUCUACCGGCCGAUCGAUGAUCCCUUGCUCCCUUUCCAAGUGCACGCUGGCUACGUAAUGGUCUGGGCAUUGCUCAGCCCUUGCUACUACUGGGCGGAGCACGGUGGCAUGUUCGAUGGCCCUGCAGAGGAAAAGACUUCAGAGAUCAAGGCCGCUGAAGAAACCAAGGACGAGGUCUUGUUGACCGACCUGCAGCUUAGCGAGUCCUGGCGUGGAGUGCAGGGUCGCAAGCGCAGAGCGGAUUAG